AUGCAAAGAAUCAGUUCAUGGUUUGAACAGCUACCGUUACGUCGUCGAUCGUCACAACGGCGAACUGAGAGUCGACAUUUGCAAAAGCAAUCAAAAUCUGCAGCUCCACGUUUACGCUACAGUGUUUCGGCAGUUCAACAGCAUAAAUUUCGAGAUCAUUCGGCAGAUGGUUACGCAAAUUCACUGGUCAAACAAGAUCAGCAAUACGGUCGAGUACCGGAUUCUUGGAACAGGCAAGAAACGGUAGAACGAACGUAUCUGAACCAGCUGCAACCGAAAUGUUCAUCGCUUUCACAAGCAUUUUCAUCUUCUUAUUGUUCUGAACCAAUGAGAAUCCGCACAAAUCCGUGGAUUUCACGGCGGCGUCCAUCAAUAAAUCACCUAAUUGCAACGAAGCCACCCAACGACCUUUACUAUACAUCAGUUGAUCGUUGUUCAUCAAUUCGAGUAAAAAGUCUUGACGAAAGUACCUGCAGUUCCGGAUACGGCAGUCAGGAUAGCAGUCCGGAAUCUUCUGUUCAUUCACCGGACUGGCAACCGUCAAGCAAAAUUAAUCGACGAGGACGUUUUGAAGACAAAGCAGUUGAGUGCAAUUCGAUUGAUGUCGAUGAAGCGCUCGGAUUGGACUUCGACGAAAAUGAUGAUAAGGAAUCCGAAGAACCGAAACCAAUUGGUGAUUCUAUCCCCGAAGAUGAGCAUAUUUACCAUGAACUUGAAGCCUUCAGCAGAUUUUCGCUUCUUCUAAAUGAUAAUGCUUGUUCAUCGGAUUCCGAUAUUUCAUGUUCCUCAGCUAGUUCUCUACAUUCUCAGCAAUCAUCAGCUAUCUACGCGCAACCGUAUCCAUUAAUGAAAGCCGAUCAACCAGAUGCCAAUGAUGAUUUUCCAAAUACAGCAGCCAGUUUUACGUAUAUACCCAGUGCCAACUAUCGUCCAGCACCAAAAUUCCAUGCGCCUCCACCACCACCAGUAUAUUCGGAUUUUGAUCAGGCUGAAAUUGAUUUUCUUGCUGAACUCGAUGCGCAGAUUGCUGAGCUACAAGUUAAAAGUGUUGCCGUCAGGCAGCUGGUAGAUGAGGCUCGAGAGAGGCGAGAUGCUCGUACUCGAAGUAAUCAGAUGUAUUUGAAGGAACUUUCUGAGUUACGGCAACUCAAAUGGGUUCUUCAGGAUCGUUUUGAACUUGUUUUAUAA